AUGCAAUGCGCGAAUGUCUUGAUGCAUAUUAUCGCGCACAAGAAGGAUCAUGUAGCUAUGCCACAUGAUGCUCAUAUUCCCCUUUUCCUGCGUACGGAGAAAAGACAGAGCAAUAUAGAACCAGAAACAUGUUGCCCCCACCCUACCUACUUCGAUGUUGCAGAGAAUAUUGUUCAGUCGCCAUCUUAUCUCAGCUUUCCAAACGGCUCGGGUAUGGCCCCAAUAGUCAUCCGCCAGAACCAUGCUUCUUUCAUCACCCAAGGGUCUCCAUUUGCUGCCUGGUUGGCGUAUGUAUUUAACAAAAACAGUUCGACGGCAAUUCUCAUACCUAGGCCGUUUCGAUUUCUAUACCAGUCUUUGGUUUGGAUUGGUCCGCAGCCAGUGCCAUCCAUAUGUUUCUACCAGCCUCUUAAUAUUGUGGUGGAGCAAACUCCUCUCGAAUCUUAUAUGCUUUUAUUGUCGGCGCAUUUGUCAUCCCUCCUUUCCAUCCCAGAUAUCUUUUGGGGGCACCCUUCUUCUUGGUACAUCAAUGUAAAUAUAUCAAUAAAAAUGGCUUUAACGAUUUCCAACCGGCAGGGCUCAGUGAACUGGGCGCAGCUUGCGAAUACAAACGUGUCAGCUUUAGUAUCCAUAUUUACACGUAAAGCAGCAGUAGAUAUUGAUGGCGAAAUGUCGACUGUCCGUCUAGAUUUGCGAGGCCGUUUUCUUUAUCUCAUCCUCGGCCUAUGGCGGUAUGCCCUAAUGGCUUUGGAAAGGCCCGAUUCGAAAGGCCUUUUAGAAAUAAAACACGCUUCUUUGUCCUUCUUUUUGGCUAAUAUUGUAAAGAGAGAAAGUGACGCAGAACACUGGAGCCAGAGCAGCGUGAGAAAGCGUGCCACCUGGAGAAAUGUCGCAAAAAGAUCUUGGAAUAUACAAAUUUGUCAAUUACUACCGCGCUACUAG